UACAUACUCUUUGACAUGCAGGCCACUGCUGGCAUGUCGUCACUGAUGAGCAUGGCACCACAAAAUGCUAUUCUGGCAGAGACUGGACAAGUGGUUGCUACCCAGGAUGCGAAGAUCAAUACAGUAAUAGCUGUGAAGGCAGGGGAAGUCGUGCCAAUCGAUGGUGUUGUUGUUGAUGGACGGAGUGAGGUCAAUGAGAGCACCCUCACCGGGGAGUCCUUCCCUGUGUCCAAGCAGGCAGACUCCCAGGUCUGGGUUGGCACACUCAACAUAGAUGGUUACAUUGCUAUGAGGACAACUGCUAUGGCCGACAACUCUGCGGUGGCCAAAAUGGCAAGGCUGGUCGAAGAAGCCCAAAACAGUCGAUCCAGUACGCAGAGGCUGAUCGACACUUGCGCCAAGUACUACACACCCGCUGUUAUUUUCAUGUCUGCAGCAGUGGCAGUGAUCCCUGUGUGUGUCAGAGCACGCAACCUAAGACACUGGUUUGAACUGGCCCUAGUUCUCCUGGUGAGUGCUUGUCCAUGUGCUCUGGUGCUGUCGACACCUGUGGCAACCUUCUGCGCGCUACUAAGGGCCGCGAGGACCGGACUCCUCAUCAAAGGAGGGGAUGUCCUUGAGUCCUUGGCCAGUAUCAAAGUUGCUGCCUUCGACAAGACUGGUACAAUCACUAGAGGCGAGUUCUCUGUCGAGGAGUUUCAGACAGUUGGUGAGCGUGUUUCGAAGCAACAACUUAUUUACUGGGUUUCAAGCAUCGAGAGCAGGUCGAGCCACCCAAUGGCAUCUGCUCUUGUUGGUUAUGCUCCAUCAAACUCUGUAGAGCCAAAAUCAGAAAAUGUUGCUGAGUUUCAAAUCUAUCCUGGCGAGGGGAUUUACGGUGAAAUUGAUGGAGAGGGCGUAUAUGUUGGGAACAAAAGGAUCUUGGCAAGGGCAUCGUGUCAAACAGUUCCAGACAUAGUAGAACACAUGAAAAGGUUAACCAUCGGAUACGUGGCCUGCAACAAGGAAUUGAUUGGGGUAUUCAGCCUAUCGGAUUCAUGCCGAACUGGGUCAACCGAGGCCAUCAAGGAGUUGAGAUCAUUGGGCAUAAAGUCAGUGAUGCUUACUGGCGAUAGUACUGCCGCUGCCACACAUGCGCAAAACCAGCUGGGGAACAUACUAGCCGAGGUUCAUGCUGAACUUCUGCCAGAAGACAAAGUGAGAAUUGUUGAUGAACUGAAGGCAAGAGAUGGCCCUACACUGAUGAUUAGCGACGGCAUGAAUGAUGCCCCAGCACUGGCUAAGGCUGAUGUUGGAGUCUCCAUGGGUGUGUCCGGUUCAGCCGUCGCAAUGGAGACGAGUCACAUUACUCUGAUGUCGAAUGACAUCCGCAGGAUCCCAAAGGCUAUCAAGCUAGCCAGGAGGACACACCGGACCAUCCUCGUGAACAUUGUCUUCUCGGUGACUACGAAGCUUGCAAUUGUUGCACUUGCGUUUGCCGGGCAUCCGCUUAUUUGGGCAGCAGUCCUUGCUGAUGUUGGCACAUGCUUGUUGGUGAUCAUGUACAACAUGCUGCUACUGAGGGAGAAAGGCAGUGGAAAGGUGGCGAAGAAAUGCUGUGCUUCCUCUCACUCAAAAAAGCAUGAGCAUAGUACUUCCCACCACCACUGCUCCAAUGGUCAUCAGCAUGAGCAUGUAUCUGCAGGCAAGCAUUCUUGCCAUGAUCAUCACCAUGAGCAUGAUCACCACAAAGAGCCUAGCAACCUGCAUUCCACAGACAAGCAUGGCUGCCAUGAUCAUCACCAUGAGCAUGAUCACCAUAAAGAGCCGAGCAACCUGCAUUCCACAGACAAGCAUGGCUGCCAUGAUCAUGGCCAUGGCCAUAGCCACUGCAAAGAGCCGAGCAAGCCAGAUGGUGACAAGCAAGCAUGUUUCCCAUGGGCAUGGCCAUACCCACAACAUCUGCAACCCUCACCCCACUGCGAACAAGCAUGAUUGCCAUGACCAUGAACAUAGCCACCACCAAGAACCCAACAGUUCACAUUCUGCCGAUGAGCAUGAUUGCCAUGAUCACAAGCACUGUGAAGAACCAAUCAGCUUGCUUUGUGCCACUGAGCAUGCUUGCCACGACCAUGAGCAGAACCAUGAGCAUCAUUGCUGUGAUGAAGAGCAAACAGUGCAUGUCGCAGAUACGCAUUCCUGCCACGACCAUAAGCAUGACGGCAGUGCGGCUGAUCCAGUUCCAGAGCUGUCGAUAUCUAUCGAGAGCGCAUUGCCUGAUCACCAUGAGCAGGAAA